GGGGCACUCAGGUAGAUGGGGACACUAUGCAGCUGGGGUCACUCACUGAUUGACUUGCAGCAGAGCUGGGUGCACCACACACUAUGGCAAGCUGCUGCAGCAGCAGCAGCCGCCGCCACAUCCAGCCCUGGAGCGACUCCCAUUAAUCCUGUGAGACCGCCCAGCGACCGGCGUCACAACUCCGUGGGCGGAGGAGGAGAUCCGGCCGCUUCCGUGUGCACAGUGUGUGCAGUAAUCACCGGGAGCCCAGCAGCUCUGCUCGCAGCAGACUGUCCCAAGAUGAAGUGCUACAUGAAAAGUGUUGACGGCAAGCAUAGUCCUAUCGAGCUCCUAGAUGGUGUUGGGGUCAUCCUGGGAAGAGGACCCAAGACCUGUAUAGUGGACAGAAAAUGUUCCAAAGAGCAAGUGGAGGUUGCGGCAGAUUUUGAGAGGAGAGCUGUGCGCAUCACACAGCUGGGUGUAAACCCCACCUCCGUCGGAGAGGUCUCACUGAAGCACGGAGAGAGCACCCAGAUGACAGAAGAUCACACUCUCUAUAUGGUGAACUCGCUGCACCCUUACACGGUGGAGUUCAGUAAAGAGAGCCCCAAAAACAACGCUCCAUAUGGAAAGCCCACAGCCGCCUUACAGGGGAACAAAAAGCGCUCUCUGGCUGCAGAACCGAAGAAGAAUAUUACAGACUUUUUCGGCACAACCCAGAAGAGAAGCCACCGGGAUGAAGAACGCAAAGCUGAGCCCAGCAGUAAGAAGUUAAAGUGCCAGGAUUCGGGUUUGAAGGCUGCAGGAAACAGUGACGAUUCAGAGGAGGAGGAAACUGCUCGCAAACUGAAAGAGUUGCAGGAGACAGCGGCCAAAGCCCACCCCUCCGGCACCAAAACAUCCCACGUCUCCCCGGACGCUCAGAGGGGCGGAACCUGCAGCAAAGACUCCUGGGAAGAACAUGGCAAGCUUUUGAUCUUUCAGAAGAAAGGCGUUCAGUCUUCUUCCAAGAUUGCAGGAUUUGACAUUGAUGGAACAAUUAUCACCACUAAGUCAGGGAAGGUCUUCCCAACCAGCGCAGAUGACUGGAGGAUUUUAUAUCCAGAAGUUCCCAAAAAAUUGAAAGCCCUCCUGGCCGAUGGAUACAAGGUGGUCUUUUUCACCAAUCAGAUGGGAAUUAGCCGCGGUAAGCUACGGCCUGAGGUUUUCAAAGCCAAAGCGGAAGCGAUUUUGGAUCACCUGGGCAUACCGGUUCAGAUCUUUGUUGCGACCGGUAUGGGCAUAUACCGUAAACCCGCCACUGGAAUGUGGGACUACCUGUGUGAGAAGGCUAAUGAUGGCAUCAAAGUGCAGAAAGAAGACUGUGUGUAUGUGGGAGAUGCUGCUGGACGACCUGCAAAUUGGGCUCCCGACCGCAAGAAGAAGGAUUUUUCUUGCGGUGACCGCUUGUUCUCUCUGAAUCUAGGCAUAAAGUUCUACACUCCGGAGGAGUAUUUCCUCGGCUGGAAGUCGGCUCCUUUCCAGCUUCCUACCUUUGACCCGAGGACUCUGGAUCCGAGUGUCCCGCUCUAUGAGCCUGCAUCCUCCACUCUAGUCUCCGCUUCCCCUGAGGUGGUAGUGGCUGUUGGAUACCCAGGAGCUGGUAAAUCUUCGUUUGUGAAAGAACAUCUGGUGCCAAAAGGCUAUGUGUUCGCCAACAGGGAUACACUAGGAACAUGGCAGAAGUGCGUGGCAGCCUGCGAAGAAGCACUGCAGAACGGCAAGAGUAUUGUCAUCGAUAAUACUAACCCUGAUGUGGAAUCUCGCAGCCGGUACAUCUCUUGUGCGCAAAAAGCGGGCGUUCCGGCCCGUUGUUUCCUCUUCACCGCCACUAUUGAGGUGGCCAAGCACAACAAUCGGUUCCGGGAGAUGACCAGCAAAGGACACGUAUCCGUAAAUGACAUGGUCAUCAAUAGCUACAAAAGUAAAUUUGUUGCACCGUCUCUAAAUGAAGGUUUCAGUGAAAUUUUAAAAAUCAAUUUUGUACCAAACUUCAAGGAGCCAGGUCUGAGAGCUUUGUAUCAGCAAUUCUCAGAAGGCUAAGUUACAGCUUUUAGUCAUGUGGAACGAAGAUCUGAUAAAAAUGACUUCAUAACCUGUAAAAAGAAACAGAUUACAUCUUGGUACAAAUGACAUGUACUUUAAUUAUUAACGUUUACACAUCGCAGAGGAAAAACUGCUUAUAUCUACAAAACAGCUCAUGCUUUCAUAAGGAAAAACACUGCUAUUGCGCUAAGGUUUGGCAGGACCCAAGAGUAUGCAAGACAAUACAGUUGAGGCCAAGUCUACACUAUUACAUCAUCUCACCACUGGGUGGGGCUGUUGCAUUGAAACGUCUUAUUGUUUUUCUACUUCUUGUUCGCGUUCUUAUUGUUAAAUAAAUGCAAUUGCCCAGACUGAGCUCAAUUGCAAACGUUAAAAA